CAUCCGGCUCAUUUUGACAGCUGUCAUCAGAGAAAUAAAGUAAACACAUGAACUCGUUGGACUGCAGCAAGUUUGUUCAAUAUAUUUAGUUCUUUUUUUUUUCGUCGUGUUUUAAGUAGCGAAAUGUAUUUAUUCUUGUGUUUAGUGCUUUGAAAUAAGGCCAAAUAGAAGCUAAUUCACAAGUAAAUCAUGUGCAAAAUACAAUAAAUUUCAUUUUGAUUGACAAUAAGUUUUGCGUGAAUUUUCGUGGAUUUUUUUUUUUCUUCUUCUUUGACCCGGCAUUCCGUGAACUUGACUCGUUUGUUCUCGUUUGCAGCAAGGUCUCUUGUUGAGUAAGCACAGCCCAAUUGUUUUGCGUGUGCGAUUUUUCGCUCGAAUUUUUGUUUUUGGUGCAUUAUAGUGCAGCUGUGCCACUUUUUACACGUCCUAUUUUUACGGAAACCUAUUUUUGACGUACGCAAGUGGGAAAAAUCGUUUGAAAUAAACACUCGCACACAAAAACAAUGAGAAAAAAGAGUACGAAUAAUUAAUGAAAAUGUAGAGAAGGGCGAUAAACACGUUCACACCAUAAAUUUCUUCCGUGGCCAUGUGAUUUAAUAAUAGCUAGGACCAAAGAGAAGAAGCGAAACUGAAAAAAAACGAACUGAUGCACCAAAAAAAAAACAAUACACGUAACUGUCGAAAUGGCAUUGUCUCAUUAAAAUGCCAUCGCACGAAAAUUGCACCAUAUGCGUGCGCCCGAGAGUGAGAGAUUUGCGAGUGCAAACUUCAAGCAGCAGCAGCAGUAGCAACAACACUCAAUUAAAACAAAUGAUUUUUCGGUGAAAUUGUAGUAACGAGCGACAACAAUAAAAUCAACUCAUUCACUUUAGUGCUGUGCCACACCAAUCUGAAUGAAGAAUAUGUGCCGCAGAAAAAAAAAAAACGGUUACACAUUUUAGCGAUAAUAAUAUUUGCCAAAAAAAAAUACGAGCAAAUUUUCAUAAUCUAGCGAAUAAUUGAGUGACGCAAAUAAAUCAACUCAGUUGCACUUCAAUCUUGAAACAGCGUGUUACGAAUUGUUUGUUUUUCUCUGUCACAAAAGUUUCAUCAAGCAAAACGAGGAAAUCCAUCAACAAUAACUCCAGACGAACAAUUUUCUGAAGUGUAAUUGUGGCAAGCACGUAUUGGCUGCGUGCAGUGAAAUGUUUGUGCAACGGUCCGUAACGUAAGAAACCAGAUGACAAAACAGAUAGUAUGGAUAAUUCUCGGACUAUUGGCCGCAUUGAUAUUGAUAGUAUAUUCGCUGAACUUCUAUUUUAUGUCCCAUUUGAAUGUCAAUCAAAAUGUUGGCGGUGACACGAGCUAUGGGAAGGCUGCCUCAACAAAAUCCGGUUAUUUUCAUCAAUUGAAAAAACGUGUACGCUCAUUGAAACCCAUUUAUCUUAAUCGAAAUCCGCAGUAUUAUCGCAUUAGGAACAAAGUUUGGCGCAACUUUGAACCGAAAACAUACGAAAAUGUCACAUUGGUGUGGGACAUAUCGUAUUGGUGGCCAAGUGACAAUGAUCUGUUCCCGGCACUGGACACGACAAUGGGUCAGCUACUUAACGCUCUCCGCAACGAGGAAAUAAUUGCAGCAAGAAAUGCACCGAAAGGAACCCAAUUGAAAUUGUUGCUAACGCUUGCCGGUAAACAAAAAGUUAUUUUCAAGCCAAAAUGGUACGAACGAACCGAAGUCAUAGAUGGGCCAGUGUAUUCAGGAAAGGAUCGAUUCAAUGCGGAAAUCAUUGCCUUUUAUUUAGGUGCUAUAUUGGAUAUGCGAUGGACGCCAGUUGCCGUUGGUCGGAAAAUCAAUUUGUCAGAAAUAUACGAGAAUAAAGCUGACAAAUUACUGAGAAGCACAAUGACGGUCAAUGAUGAUCAAACAAAGUAUUGUGUGUAUGGCAAGUGUUUUUAUUGCAAAGAGACGGAGGAUGUGUGCGGCGAUGAUGAGCAUUUACUUGAAGGCGUCGUUUUGUAUUUAGUUCCUGGAUCAUUUGAAAAGUAUCGUUCGCCUUGGCAACGCACAUACAAAGAGAAUCAUCUGGCACCUUGGGAGGAGAAUAUGGAUUACUGUGUUCCAUUAAAAGAUAAAUUAUCAUAUACACGUCUUUUGGACCUAGCCGAUGUGGCCAUAUUCGAUUUUUUAAUACAAAACGGCGAUCGACACCAUUAUGAAACGAGGGAAGAUCGGGUUGUACUUAUCGAUAACGGCAAAGGAUUCGGCAAUCCAAAUGUGGAUCAUAUUGACAUUUUAGCGCCACUUUAUCAGUGCUGUGUACUCCGCAAAUCGACAUGGGACCGCUUGCUGUUCUUCUCCGGUGGUACAUUGACCGAACUAUUGGAUCAGGUGUCAAAACGUGAUUUGCUUUAUCCCCUCUUAACAAAUGACCACUACAAAGCCAUAGAGCGGCGACUUCUAAUGGUAUAUGCUGCAGUCGAGGCAUGUUUCGAUCGCUUUGGCAAAGAAACGGUUUUAACGUGAUAAAAAAAACUCCUUUUUAAAAAAAACGACAAUAUUUCCUCUGUAAAGAAUAAACUUGUUAUAAUACUCUAUUAUUGAAGACAAAAACCCUAUAUAUAUGUAUACAUUCAGAAAAGACAUUAAGUCAAAUUUGACUGAAUAAUUAGAAUUUAAAUGGGAUUCAACUAUCAGAAUGAACCUCAUUGAAACCAAACAAAAAACAAAGUUUCAAACAAAUAUACACAAACUGUUUGUUGUUCAAGAAUUUAGAUAAUCGUUAGUUAGCACCAAAUGUAAAUGACAUGCGCAUUAGUCUGUUUUUUUUAAUAAAAAAAAGGAAAUAAAUAAAAUUCAACGAAAUAAAA